AGGAGGCUGAGAGGGGGGCGGUGCCCACCGGACCUGCCGCGCGGGGUGGUGCGGAGCCACCGAGUGUAUUCUGCGUAAUGUUGUUUUGUUGUGGCCGUCAGCUGAAUGUGGACCCGCUGUCCGUUCUGACACCACGGCGGGAAGUCCCCUGACCCCCCUCGACCCUCCUUCCCUGCCUCCCAAGGACCUGCGGGCUCGGAGAGCGACUCCAUCCGGCGCAUCACAAUCCAGGAAAUGCGGACUGCUGGCCCGUUCGCCACCGGAUAAAUGGCUGCACCGCUCGUACAGUAGCAAACUGAGCCUGUGAAGCGUCUCUGAGGGGGAAGACCAGACUGCUCUGUCAGAACUGAUCACCCAUCAAGACUAAUGAUCACAACCAAAGGACAUGCAAAGAAGAUAUUGAAUGGGCUGUUAGGAUGGCUGCGGCUGGACAGAAGAAGAGCUGCUAUAUGCCAAAAGAUGAUCUAUGUUUACCUUUUUCACUGCUGCUACAGGGCACAUUCUAACAAUGCCUCACUUGGUCCUCUUGAAUAACUUCAGGCCCACAUUGAUAGAGGCACUUUGGUGUGAUUUACAAUCACCGUCCACAACCCCUUGUCUCUGACCUCCCUGCUGCCAUGUGGUUAGCUCCCUGAGGCUCCAAGAGCCCUUGUGUAUGUGUCUGUGAGGCUCCCUCCUCACUCUAUGGAGGCUGAGCCCAGCCAUUCGGCUGAUGGGGAUCGCUCUGAAACACAAGAGCAGCAGCAUGUGACAGCCGGAUCCUCUUUUGGGUCUUGUCCACAGCCCCAGCAGCCUUCUAAUCCUCGUCCAGUACACAGAGCUUUGUGUCGACUGCAAAACCGCCAACCCAAACGUUCUGAUCUUCUUCGGUUACAACAGCAAGCAGUAGCAUGGCAGCAUACGGAAACCCCAGGUCCUUCAGGAGGCAGCUUUUUCUCUCCAGGUUCCACAUCAACCUCAUCUCAUCACUCGUCGCCCUCCACCCAGGGUGAACAUGGUCCCAAGAGCUCAUCUCAAUCCAGCCAAGAAACAAAAGAAGGGGUUAGCUCUCCCAGGAAAGGUGAGAAGAAACCCCCCAAACCAGGGAAGUAUGUCUGCACUUACUGCGGUCGUCCAUGUGCCAAGCCAAGUGUUCUUCAGAAACACAUUCGCUCUCAUACAGGAGAAAGACCUUAUCCUUGUGCCCCUUGUGGAUUUUCUUUCAAGACCAAGAGUAAUCUGUAUAAGCAUCGAAAGUCCCAUGCUCACCGUAUUAAGGCAGGCCUUGCAUCCAGUCAUGAUGAGCCCAGUUUGAGUGGGCCAGACUGCAGUGGUGUGGCAGAAGAUGCCGAGGAGCAUACCGAGGGAGAAAGCACAGAGUCUGAAGAUGAGACGGGUCAGCACAAAAAAUCCUCUCAUGAGACUUUGGCUCGGCAGAAGAAUGUUGGUAAGGAGCUACAAGGAGGAUCAGUUGAGAGCCAGAGACCCGAUGAUACUCAAGCUGUCAAGCAAAGGCUCGCACUGAGGCUUAGUGAAAGAAAACGCGGCCCAAUGGCUUCACCAGAUGAUCCUCCUUCUUCUCUUUCAACCUCAUCUUCUCUUGGCCCUGGAAGUAAAGGCAGCACAGAGUCUGGUUACUGUUCCGGAUCAGGCAGUACUGACUUAUCCCAUGUUAGCCCUCCCAGUGCCAGUGCCAAAUCCUACGCAGAAAUCAUUCUUGGGAAAUAUGGAAGGUUGGGAGGGCAGCAGCGUAGUCCGCAUCCACAUCAUUCUCAGUCACCCCUCUCCCCACUGUCUGGAACGGAGGAUAAAAGUAUUUCCUUUGCUGUACCCAAAACCCAAGUAAUAGAACAUAUUACAAAACUUAUAACCAUCAAUGAAGCAGUGGUAGACACCAGUGAGAUUGACAGUGUAAAGCCCAGGCGGUCUUCUCUGUCAAGGAAAAGUAGCUUUGAGUCUCCCAAAAUGACAGCCUCAAAAGACCCCUACACGUUUGAUCCCAAAGGAGAAGCCCCCGGUCCCAGCGGUUUAAGGCACCUUCAAAAUCCAGAGACAGAUCCACCAAUCACCCCGGUAUUGUCAGCAGUGCCUCUUCUCAGAAGCCACUCAAUGCCAUCAACGACCAGUCAGUUAGAGUCCUCUUCAUCUGGAAUUAGGUCCAACAGAGGCUAUCGUCUCUGUCAGUCAUUUGAUGAGCAGCAGGCCAUGACAACCGAGAUUAAUAUUGGUCAUACCCACCGUAUGCUUAGGCGACAACCAGCCAUAGAGGUUCCCUUGGGAUCUGAACUUAUGCCAGAAGAGACACCCCCCAACUCAUCCUCUUCAACCACUGGCACUGACACAUCCAGAUAUCCAGAGCAACAAGCACCGCACAGUACUUUGAACACAUUUGAAUGCAAAGUAUGUAGAAGAUCUUUUCAGCAUUUACAAAACUACACAGCCCACAAAGGUGUGUGCAAAGCGCAGCAAACACUGGAACAGGAGAGUAGCGGCACAAGUAAGACCUGCAGAGAGGAUCGCCCUCCAAUGAUGAUGCACUAUAAGUUCAGGGCAAUGGCUAUGGCUGUAAGGAAGAGGAGGAAAGAGGAGAGCAUAGAAGAGGAUCUUCCAAGUCCUGGGUCCGGAACCAUGUCAGGAAGUUCUACGAGCAUCAUUGCAGCGGCAGGACCACCAGGACACAGCCAGGCACUCUCAGGUGGUACUGUCCAGGUGGAGCCGGAACAACAGCAACAUCGAGAUAGGAAGGGUGUGUCUGUAAUUCAGCACACAAGCUCCUUUGAAACACAGGAGACUCUUUCCAUGGAAAGUGAGGAAACUAAUGUCAAAGAGGUUCACCAAGCACAACCACCUCUUCCAAAACCAUCACCUUCUACAUCUCGCCUCAUUCGCCAGCCCAACAUCCAAGUGCCAGAGAUCCUUGUUACAGUGGAGCCUGAUGCUGACAUGCCAUCCAUGUCUCCACCAGUAACUUCAUGUUCAUCUAAGGAAGCAGACAGAGUGGAAGAGUUUCAGUGGCCUCAACGUAGUCAGACUUUGGCUCAGCUCCCUGCAGAGAAACUGCCCCCAAAGAAGAAAAGACUCCGCUUAGCAGAGGCAGCACAAUCCUCUGGGGAGUCUAGCUUUGAGUCCGUGUCACUACCCCGGAGCCCCAGCCAGGAGAGCAGCAUGUCCCACACGUCAAGUCUUUCUGCGUCUUUCGAGGAUGCAACAAGGUCAGAGCCUGCAGUCUGGGGCAGCAGUAGCCAAAGUACCCAAAUGUUGACUGUGCCAUCAACUUGCCAACAACAGAGCCAAAGCCACAAGGAGAUGAGGCGUUCAGCUUCAGAGCAGGCCCCUCAGAAAGUAGAGCAGGUGUCAGACACCAGAAGUAAAUCUUUCGACUUGGGAUCUUUGUCCUCUCAGCAGUCAGCAUCAGCCUGGAAAGAACGGCGAAAGUGUCUCCUUGUAAAGCACGCAACCUUAGGGGAACCUGAGCAAGAGGAGGGGGGCAGCAUAAGUCAAUUAUCCAGAGUAGAAAGUCCGAAACCUGGGCCUUCCCACUCAGUCCAACCUCUUUUCUAUUCAAACGCCCAUUUAAACCUGAAGAACACAGGGAAUGUCUUGCAGUUGUUACAGCCACAGAUCCUUCCUCGAAAUAUGAUUCCUUCGCAUGAAAGCAUCCAACAAACGAUACCUCCAGCACCUCUGUCUCAGCUACUCCCAGUCACUACGGUCUCCCAGUUCAUUAACAGAACCUUUUUACAUUCACAAACUGUUCAACCUCUGCAGGUACACCCAAUGCAGAUCCAAAUGGCGGAACAAAUUGGUAUACCAUUCCACCAACUUCCUGCUUUAGUCCCUGUUCAAUUUCCUUACAGUGUGAGUCAGUCCCUGUACUCGCCUGCCACACCAUUACAUUCCGCACAGAUUAUAUCCUCUCUUUCCACUGAGGGAAGUGCCUCAUACCCUUAUCCAGGCCCUCUCAUUUCCACUUGUGGGGCACAGUUUACACCAGCGGUGUCUCUUGUGGUGCCAGUUCGCCUCCAUACCCAUAUACCUACCUAUACACGUGCCAUGUACACAACCUUGUCCCAGAUCCUGACAUCUGCGUGUCCACAGGACCCCAUAUUGUGCAAGACCAUGACAAUAAUGGACAAAGUGGAACGGCGCAUGUUACAAAGGUCUUAUUUGAAGGUCCCCUCACCAGACAUCAGGAUUCACCAUCCUGAGGAACUGCAGUCAUCAUCAAUCGAGGAAUAUGGUCCACUUGGAGCAGGAGGGAGUAAACGUAUGCUCUCACCUGCAGCUAGUCUUGAGCUCAGUACCGAAGCUCAACGUCACCAGAAAAGGGUAAAAGAGGAAGCAGAUGGCGAGAUACACAAGUCUGAAGUAGAGGUAGAGGAUUUUGACAACAAGGUACAUAAGGAGGGAGACUGUAAAACAGGUGGAGAACAACUGGAAGAUGUUGGGAAGAAAAAAGAAAUGCUUGAGGUAACACCCGUAAAAGAGGAGGGGGAGCUGAAUCAGAGACACAGGGAACUGAACAAGGAGGAAAAACUGGGGGAAGAGUCAGUUGCAAGAAAUCAAAAGGAAAAGGUGCCUCUAGAGAAAAAGACUGAGAGAGCAAACACCCAUUCAUACCCAAGCCUUCACACGUCAACCUCUGUCAUCUGGUGCUACCUUAACUAUGUUAAACCCAACCCAACUGCACAGAGGGACCCUCGUAACUCAGUUUAUUCUACCUGGAGUGUCAGCGGACACAACCCAAACUUGCCAGGUGUCAGUACUAAAGUGGCCUUGUCUCUGCUGUGCUCCAAACAGAAGUAUAGUUCAGAGACGUACACCAUUGCCACGGCUCCAAAUCCGGCCAAAAUUGAAAAUACCCCUGCAAGUAGCAGAACCCCACGAAUGUCAGAGGUACAUCCCAUCACGGCCUCCUCCACUGAUGUAACAGAUCACCAGCAUGAAAAAGAGGAGGAUAAAGAGACGAGGGACGAGGAGGGACCUUCCACCUCAAAACAGUGUGAAACAUCUCAUGUUCGCAUCUUUGAAGGCGGGUAUAAGUCUAACGAAGAGUAUAUUUACGUUCGAGGGCGUGGCAGAGGAAAGUACAUAUGUGGGGAGUGCGGCAUCCGCUGUAAGAAGCCCAGCAUGCUGAAGAAGCACAUCCGAACACACACUGAUGUCCGUCCGUACAUUUGCAAACACUGCAACUUUGCCUUCAAAACCAAAGGGAACCUUACCAAACACAUGAAGUCAAAAGCUCAUGGGAAAAAGUGCCAGGCAAUGGGAGUGUCUGAACCCUCUGCAGAUGAGCCAGAGAGCGAGGAAACAGCAGGAAGUGAUGAACAUGCGUGUUGCUCCGAGGAACAGGAAGAACACCAGUUUUCCAAUGUGGAGGAGUCGGAGGAUGACGACGACGAUGACGAGAAUGAGGAGGAGGAGGAAGAGUCUCACGACGAUCCUCCUUCUUCCUGUUCGUCAGAUACCCUCACAUCAACCGCGGGUCGUUCCAAAUGCAGCGGGAUUUCUCAACAGUGUACUCCAGAACCCGAGCCCGCGGGCCUCAGUCCCAGUCUGGAUGUCUCCCAAAGAGGGGCUUGGCACAGUAGACGGGCCACCUCGCCGGGUAGCAUGAGAGCUCUGUUCUCUCGACGGAGCUGGAAGGCAUCACCGAGAGCCUUCUCCCCCAGCAGUGAGAGCUGUUCCCCAAGCCACAGCCUCUCCCCCCGCCUGGAGCUUUCCCCAACCGUGCAUGGACUGUCCCCAAGAACAGAUCUCCCCUCACCCAUCCGGCAAGUGUCACCAUCCCCUGACAGAGGACCGUCUCCCAUCAGACCCGCCUCGCCGCUUCACCCCAUCUUGCCAGACUGCUAUGGGUUAUCACAUGCUAGUAAACCAUCCAUGCAGGUUGGAGUUCAGCAGAGGACCCUUGGAUGCCUUCAUUGGGAACACCGUGGCGCAAAGGGAAAUCAUAUGAAAGUGGACAAAAGUGGCAGUGCAGGGGACGUUUGGUCAUCGUCAGAAACCGAGUUCCCACCUGUUCUUCGCCUUUCCACGUGCGAGAGUUAUCCUGGCCACAGAGCUGCAGACAACAUCUUCAGCCAUCUACCCAUGCACUCCCAACAUGCCAAUGUCCCAUAUCUGAUGAUUCCCAUCGGAGGGAUUCAAAUGGUACGGGCCAGGCCAAGGUCCAAUCCUUCCACCCCUUUGUCCCCAAUGUCUCCUUCCUCGGAGGGGCCCUCACCGGCCAGGUUUGACUCAUUCUGGGGCGGGACCCCAGGACCUCACAGCAGUCAGACUCCUGGAAGUAAGUGGUCGACAGACUCCCAAGCAGCUGAGGGCAGCCAGUCAGGAAGGUGCACCAGUGCACAAAUCAUGUGUUCCAAACUGGAGUUGGAGACCACGGACUCAAAGCAAUAUGGCAGCUCACGAAGCUCCGCCCACACAUGCAGGCGUGCUACUGAGUCGAGCGAACGUCACUUUGAAGACGUCUGCGAAGAGACGUCCUUUAGUCUCACAGCUCCUGCGUCCAUGGGCCUGAGUGAACAGCCGCCAGAGGAUGAGGGCAGAGCGACAGCGGACGCAGCGGGAGAAGAUCAGAGCACCUAAUUAGAUGCAUCUCCAACUUGCUUUAUGAGUCGCUCCAUUCGUCUUGUUUUCCAAUUGCUUUCUUUUUUAUACAGUUUUCAAUACUAUUGUUAACUUAAAUGUUUGUUCUUUGGCAAUAUUCAGGUUUGUCAUAAAAGAUGCACUUUUUUUCUUUGUGAAAAUAAUGUUUCAGUAAAUGUAUAUAUAAGAAUUAUAUAUGAUCAUGCCCUUCCUGUAUCUCUAUCGAUACCGGUAAGCCAACGUCUGUUUGAAUAUGUGUCAGAGUAAUACGAACAUGUGUAAAUGACCAAAAUCUUAAAAAGAAAUCAUUUUUGAUUUUUUUGUUUUGUUUUUCCAGUAUUACUCCCAAUUAUAGUUACUUGUGCCUUUUCUGUCCAGGUUUGUGUUUAAAGGUGUAUAGUACAGUUAGAAAAUGAGAAGGCUGUGAAAUUUUAUAUUGGACUAUUGUGUCAUUAAGGAAGAUUUAUAUUCGGUGUUCUGUUAUGUUCUUAAUACUGUUGCUUUAAUUCCAGGGUAUCCAAGAGUCACGUUGAUGAUGUAUAUUGAAGGAGCAGCAGAAACCAGUCAAAGGAAAUGCACUGAAGUUCUAUUUUUUAUUGUAAGAGAUUUUGGAUGAGGUAUCUCUUUACAGGCAAGAGUGCUCCUUAUUUAUUGCUAUUUGAUGACAAUGGUCAUUGUUUUAUUUUGUACUCUUUGUUAAACAGAAAAAUAUACGUUUUUUUGUCUUACUUUUUUUUUUUUUUCAUAAUGUCCACGCAAUUAAAUUGGGGACAAAGAUGAGGGAUGAAGUUUGACUGGUACCGGCGGAUCAAGUGCCCUGCAAAUUUCCAUCACAACAAAAUUUGCAGUCAUUGGGGAAAAAAAUAAAAAUAUUGCACCAAGUGCUCUCUGGGUUUUACCUUUUUUAUGCAAUCAAUGUUUUUAAAAGUAUGGCAUUCCAAAAAUUUCCCCUGAGAUAAUGUACAAUGUGUUUUCAAGAUGGUGAGAGAUGAAGACGUGGAAGUAUGUUCCCUUCAAACCUAAUGUGAUAAAACAAGUUUGACCACCAGGAGUCUAUGUUGAGCCACUUAAAGGUUAACGUCAUCGUGUGUGCAGCAUGUCAUGAUAUGAAGCACAGGAGGACAACAAAAUAAACCAGAGGUGCAGUGACGUGCGGUCAGGGGAGGCAGGUGAGGCAGAGCCUCACCUGUCAUCAUGACAAAAAAAUAAUUAUAGCAUCAAAUUUAUAUUAAUAUUUGUCCAUUGCUCUUUAUGUAUAACUCAUUUCAAACAUUUUUUAUAGUCAAAAUCGCUGAAUUUGCCAAUUUCCUGUUCAAAUAAAGAAAUGAAACGAGAGGUGCGGCAGCAACGAGUAAAGCCUCACCUCUGAUUGCGCAAUCCAUAACAAACUGGGUUGAUACAUGGAAUUGGAGCGUGCUGGUUGCCGUACAUCUGCAUGUCGCCAUUAUAAUGUUUCCAGAUACGUUUAUUUGACCUGAUUUUCCACAGUCUGGCUAAUGUCUUUAACCCUUAAAGUUUAAUGUUUGUUAGCGAUAUAUUUAGUUUUGCUGAUGGGAAAUGAAACCACAGUGAAAAGGCACAGCUUGCGGCAGAUAGUACUCUGCCGCACUGAAAGGGGGCGUACGUGAAACUGGACUUUCCGUCAAGAGUGGACGCGAUUAACACCACACCGGAGCUAAAAGGUUUGCUUCAAACUGCGGGACAGAAGAUAACUCGCGCUUUUCAAACGGACUGGUACACCCGAAAAGACUGGCUAUGUGGCUGUCCUUCGAAAAAUCGCCUUUGCUGCUUUCCCUGCCUUUUCUUCUCAACUUGUGCCAAUGUCUGGACUAACACGAGAUAUUGUGACAUUAAAAAACUACCACAAAGCCUCAGCAAACACGAGAGCUCGACCAUUCACAUUCAAAGCCUGAUUGCUUUAAAAACUUUUGGAAGCUCAAGGAUCGAUUUGGCUUUGACGAACAGCGGAAGCUCAACGGUAGCAUCCAGAAUUCUAAGGUAAAGAGUUUGAAAGACCUCAUUAAUGCACCCUGCAUCCUAGCUAAACAGGAGUUAACAUUUCGUGGUAACAAUGAGCGUGCAAGCUCUUCUAAACGUGGCAUAUAUGUAGAACGAUUACAUGGUUUUGCUGAGAAAGAUGGAAGGUUAGCUUGACAGAGCAUUUGGACACAUCCACUGUGUGUUCUGGCUUGUCAAAUAGAACACAGCGAUCUAAUUGAAGCAAUCCUCUCCAUUGAGGCGGAGAGAUUUUUUUUUAAAGUAAAGGAAAAUAAGGAGGACUUUUACAAAAAGGGCGUAGGUUUGCAUAGGGACAGUAGGGACGUAACACUACCAACUUUUCAGGAUGCUAACAUUGUCUCCACCAACUUUUAAGCAACCUUACCUUUUUUGCAUGAUAUAAUGUUCAGUUAUACAGAGAAUUUAGAUUUUUCAAUAGUUCCAUAUGUUGUAAGGAUAGAAUUGACCCUACCAUUAUUAAGUGAAUUAUUUUCAUUAUGUUUAUGUUUGCUAAUAAAAACCAGACCUUUAUUCAGGAAGUUUUCAAAAUGUUUCUUUAGUAUUUUUUGAAAACAAAGGUUUGAAUCGAACAGUGUAUCAUCUGAACCAAUGCACGUAAAAGUUAUUAUCAGUAGAUAAGGAUUUAUUUUGCAUUGAUCAUUUUGCCUAUUAAUUAAUUAAGUUCUUAUACAUGAGAAAUGUGGCCCUUUGCCCCCUUCAUCCAAUCUGUUUGGUCUUAUUAAUGUCCCGUCCCCAGCAAAAAGUGUACCUAUAGGCAGGUUAUGCUGUUAUAUCGUCCCUACGAAUGUUGAGACCAAACCUAUGCCCUUCCAAAAUAACACCGGUUUUUGUGGUGAAGGACAGGCGCAAGACCACAAACAGUUUUAAUUUCAACUUU